AUGGCUGCCCUAGUAUUGAUGCAUGUCAUCUUAAGUUCAGGCCUCCCUUUCUCUUUAUAACUCCACCGCCGUCGACCACCCGCCACCUCUCACGGCCUAUUCAGACAGCGACCCGCCCCCUACUAUUCAUCGUUGUUGCAGCUUGUAGAAAACCUGUAGACUCGGGGCCGCCCCCUCCCUCUAUUGAUUGGCAAUUUUGCAAUUUAACAAUGGUUAGAGGCCUUGCAACUACUCUUUUAAGGAUUUCCUCUUCAAGAAAAUGUGACUCUCGGUUUAGGAUUUUUACAUGGAAUAGAUUGCUACAUUCUAGUGGACAGUAUGUUGAUCAUAGAAUUCUCCAAAGUAAUCCAGAGCGUCCUUUCUCAAGCACUUCGAAUCAAGUUUGGUUUAGAUUGCUUUCUCAGAGCUCAAGGUUUGGAGCCUUUAAUAGUUUCAAUGUGAGAGGAUUCUCAUUCAUAGGUAAGCACAAGGAAGAUAACGAAAAUGAUGAUGAUACUGUAAGUGGUUCAAAUGUGGUAGAAGUUGGGGAGUACGAUGCAGAUGUUGGAAAAAAUGUUAGCUUUGAGAUUGAUACUUGUGAUUCAGUGAUGAUUACAGGUGGGGAUGAUUGCAGUGAGGGUAGCAUUUGCGGUACCAUUGUGGAUGAUUCUAAAAAUGGUGGCAAUGACCUAAGGUCAUCAAAAUUGAGGAAUUAUGAGACUAUCAGAUUGUCUGAUCCCGUUGAAUUAUAUCGUGAGCUUCGUGGUGUUGGACGGGGCGGUGCAAAGCCAGAACAAUCUGAAUGGUUAACUCUUCAAGAGAUAUUUCGCUACUUUGCAAAAUCUGGUUGGGCUAGCAAUCAGGCUCUUGGUAUUUACAUUGGCUUGUCAUUUUUUCCAACGGCUGUACAUAAGUUUCAAAGCUUUUUCUUCAAGAAAUGUUCUACUGAUGUUGUGAAGUAUUUGGUGUUUCUUGGUCCUUCAAAUGAUGCUGUCAAAUUCCUUUUUCCAAUAUUUGUUGAAUACUGUUUAGAAGAGUUUCCAGAUGAGAUUAGGCGGUUUCGAAGUAUGGUUGAUUCAGCUGACCUUACUAAGCCACACACCUGGUUUCCGUUUGCACGAGCAAUGAAGCGUAAAAUUAUAUACCAUUGUGGUCCAACUAAUAGUGGUAAAACUUACAAUGCCUUGCAAAGGUUUAUGGAAGCGAAGAAAGGGAUUUAUUGCAGUCCUCUUAGGUUAUUGGCAAUGGAAGUGUUUGAUAAGGUGAAUGCUCAUGGUGUUUAUUGUAGCCUUCUCACAGGACAAGAAAAGAAACUUGUACCAUUUUCUAGUCAUAUUGCCUGUACAGUUGAAAUGGUGUCGACAGAUGAGAUGUAUGAGGUUGCUGUAGUUGAUGAGAUUCAGAUGAUGUCAGACUCAUAUAGAGGAUAUGCAUGGACAAGGGCUUUGCUUGGCUUGAAAGCUGAUGAGAUUCACUUAUGUGGGGAUCCUAGUGUUCUAAAUGUUGUUCGUAAGAUCUGUUCCGAAACUGGGGAUGAGUUGCAUGAACAACACUAUGGGAGGUUUAAGCCAUUGGUUGUUGAAGCUAAAACGCUACUAGGUGAUCUUAGAAAUGUUAGAUCUGGUGAUUGUAUUGUUGCCUUUUCAAGAAGGGAGAUAUUUGAGGUUAAGUUGGCAAUUGAGAAGCUCACCAAACAUCGAUGUUGUGUUAUUUAUGGUGCUUUACCACCAGAGACUCGUAGACAUCAAGCAAAUUUGUUUAAUGAUCAAGAUAGUGAAUUUGAUGUGCUUGUUGCGAGUGAUGCACUGGGAAUGGGGCUAAAUCUUAAUAUUAGGAGAGUUGUGUUUUACAAUCUGGCAAAGUACAAUGGGGACAAGGUUGUACCAGUUCCUGCUUCACAAGUUAAGCAGAUUGCUGGGAGAGCAGGGCGCAGAGGAAGUCGCUACCCAGAUGGACUUACAACCACAUUAAAUUUGGAUGAUCUUGAUUACUUGAUUGAAUGUUUGAAACAACCGUUCGAUGAUGUUCAAAAGAUUGGUCUCUUUCCUUGCUUUGAGCAAGUUGAGCUAUUUGCAGGGCAAGUCUCUAAUGUUACAUUCUGUCAGCUAUUGGAAAAAUUUAGUGAAAAUUGUCGUCUAGAUGGUUCUUACUUUUUAUGCCGACAUGAUCAUAUAAAGAAAGUUGCAAAUAUGUUGGAGAAGGUCCAAGGAUUAUCUCUAGCAGAUCGUUUUAACUUUUGUUUUGCCCCUGUUAAUGUUAGAGAUCCGAAGGCUAUGUACCAUCUUUUGAGGUUUGCUUCGUCGUAUAGUCACAAUGUUCCAGUGAACAUUGCAAUGGGCAUGCCCAAGGGUUCUGCUCGAAAUGAUAUGGAGCUAUUGGAUCUUGAGACGAAGCAUCAAGUAUUGUCGAUGUAUCUUUGGCUGUCCCAGCACUUCAAGGAAGAAACUUUUCCUUACGUCAAGAAGGCCAAGGUGAUGGCAACAGAUAUUGCUGACUUAUUAGGUCAAUCUUUGACAAAAGCUAAUUGGAAACCAGAAUCAAGGCAAGCUGGGAAACCUAAGUCUCAGAGCAAAGAAGGGCAUGAAAAGCCAAGGUCUCCCGUUAGCUUGUAUGAGAAGCAAGCUAUUUGAGUUUAAGAGGACACUUAAAACGCACAGGAUGGAGGCUGCACUAAAAGAGGAAGAUGCUGGGAAUUGUCCUCGCUUACACUGGCUCCUCUGUGACUCUCAUUGCAAAAGUUUUCCAUACACAAAAGCCUCUAGCAAUGGAUCUCAAGGUACGUUUCUCAAGUAUGAAUACUUUUGGAAUUACGUAGAACGAGUUGAAUAGUAGCAUUUCUGUACAUUAUUGUAGUAUCGAGAUGAUUCGAAUUAGAUAUCUAAAAGAAAUGGAUUUCUUCAAUCGGAGUGAUCUUGGAGUUGAGAAUUGGAAGGGGUGGAGUUGGUCUAACAACAUAGAGGCUUUGCAGCAGUAGAUAGAAACCACAAAACUUAUGGUAGAAAGAUACUCAAAAUUAUGCUGAUUGUAGUUGUAUUAUCUCAAAAAGUACUCACUUUUUUCCCCAUUUUAGUAGAUAUGUUCAACUUUGGAAUUUGUAUUGUUAUGUUUGCUACGUUGCAUUGCAUUUAAAUAAAAUCUUACGAGUCAUUAAGAGCUCA